AGUUUCUACAAAAAAAUUUUCAUCAGAAUUUUUUAUUAUUUAUGCCAAGAAAAUAUCUUGGAAGAAAGAAGUUGGUGGAGGGGCUCCUUCUUGUCAUGGACGUUGCCACACUUGAUAUUCCUGCCCUGCCAUCGAAUCACCUUAUUACCCUGAAGUCAAGAAAACAAAAUUCCAUCGAUCUGCUUCGGUGUGGAAUUAAACAAACACACUAAUUCUCCGUUGGGUUGAGCAGACAAAACUACUGAAGACUCUGAGUUAAGACAAAAUUUGCCAAACAGAAGAAACAAAGAAAGAAAAGAUAUUUUCUAAGCGAUGGCUUUACAGCUAUGGGAGACUUUCAUGGAGGCAAUAAGGGCGUAUACGGGUCUAUCUCCGGCCACUUUCUUUACGGUUCUUGCUCUGUUGUGGGCCAUUUACUAUGUAAUAACAGGAUUAUUUGGGUCGUCCGAUGAUCAUCACCAACGGACUAGGGCUUUUGAGGAGCAGAUGGAGCCGCUCCCACCUCCAGUUCAGCUCGGCGAGAUUACCGAGGAGGAACUUAAGCAAUAUGAUGGUUCUGAUUCCAAGAAACCACUCCUCAUGGCCAUCAAGGCCCAGAUCUAUGAUGUUUCUGAAAGCAGAAUGUUUUAUGGACCUGGUGGACCUUAUGCAUUAUUUGCUGGAAAGGAUGCUAGCAGAGCUCUUGCAAAGAUGUCUUUUGAAGAAAAAGAUUUAACUGGAGAUAUCUCAGGUCUUGGUCCAUUUGAAUUGGAGGCUUUGCAGGAUUGGGAGUACAAGUUCAUGACGAAGUAUGUUAAGGUUGGAACCAUCAAGAAGACAGUUCCAGUAACUGAAGGGGAUGGCAGUGGUGAAGCCUCAGGAACUACAGAAAGUGAUGUUAAGCCAUCUGAAGAUGGUCCAACACAAAGUGCAGUUGCUGGAAAGGAGGAAAAAUCUUCUGCUGCUGAUGCUAGAGAGGAGGAUAUAAUUGGGCUUAGCUGAUACUGUUUCAAAUGGGUGAUCACUCUUUAUACUGGAGAUACCGGAAGAUAUGGAGUGAUGUUUGAAUGAGUAUUAUUCUGUGAAUCUUAUUCCAUAUAUAAGCUUACAUUAGUGUAGAUGCUCUUUUAACAAACUUGCUACAACAUUUGGUUCAUCAAAAUUAAAUCCGGAUGUUAAAACUUUGGGGAUUCAAACUGAUACUAGUUAUUUUGAGCUGGUUGAUGUGUGUGGCCAGGAAUGACAUUGUUCAACGGCAUCCUAGGUGCUGUAGUUGAAUUGUAAGCUAUUUAUUAAAAGGGGUCCUUUCCUUUCUCUCGAUGCUUGAUGAAUUAGUUCAACUGGGGAUUACAAUCUGUCCCUUGAAGUGCCUGCUGAUGCAUGAAUGGUGAGUUUAUGAGUUCCAAGCUUUUCGAUGCAAGUUUUGUGGGGCAAAUUGGUGCUCGUUUUGCCUAAGUAUUUCAUUUGGUUGAUCAAGGGUUUAUGCAUUAGUGAAGAGUGCCGAGUGCAUAAAGGUAUGUGGCAAGUAUAUAGCUCGAAUCUCAGGCAAAUAAAAGGUAUGUAGCUCGAUUGCUCGAGUCUUGGAGUCAAAUAGAAUUGCAGACACAGUGAGAAUCCAUUGGGCAUUCGAUCAUCCGAUGAUCUGCGAGUGGUCAUACUACAGCUCUACGACUUUGGGUCGACUGUACUGGAAGGAUUGGAAGUACUUGGUUUUCAAACGUCACUCAUCUCUAACCAGGCCCAGUGGCCUGCAACUGGCCUUUGAAUUUUUGUGGCUGGAGGAAAUGAGAGAUAAGAGAGAAUGAAAAAGAAAAAAAAUCUUUGGACGCCAAUUAAUUGCUCGAGAGCUGCUAAACCCAAAAGAAUUUGUUUGGCUCAAAAAAAAAAAAAAAGGCGGACUUUGAUAAUUCUACUUUUCCCAACUAUAAGUCCGUUGAAUGCUGGGAUCUUAUCAGCGUUUAACUAACCAGGGAUUCAUUUCCAGUAUCUAUUUGACCUUUAACGGAUCUGAAUAUGAUGUAUUUUGAAUUUACUUUUACAUUCCUAUGUUGGUAGGAACGAAGCCAUAUUGGAGAGGAGAUUACUUGUAUUUUGUUCUUGAAAACGUUUAACAUGCUCUGGAGUUCGAUAGAUAGAGGGCUUGCGGGGCUAGAGGUUGAGUGGACUGUGUUAUUCAAGUUUUGCAUUAGUUUUCAAAGAUUGGCUAUUAA